UCUAUUAAGCGAUUACAUUUUUUAAUCAUUAAGAGAUUAAGUGUUACUAAAAAAAGAUUAUCUUUUUAAUAAAAAAGAAUCACAUAUUUAUUAUCUUUAUAUAUUUUAUCGAAGGUUUUUUACUAUUUAUUUGUAGUAACUUUAAAUACAGAACUGGUUUUCAACUGUGUUACAGAGAUAGCCAAACAAGAACUACAUGAAAAAGCAAUUAUUAGAUCAAAUGAAUAGAAACGAAUAUGUUUAUACAAAUUGUAUAAGUAUUAAUAUAAAUGGGGUGUAAAGAUGGUUAAAGAAAGUGACCUUAUGCUUGCUGUGAAGAACAAUGAUGGUCAGCGAGUGAGAAAAUAUUUACACAAGUUUCAUAAAAGUGGAAAAAAGUCAUUGGAAAAGAAGCUUGGUAUAAACAGUACAGAUUCAGAUGGGUUUACACCUCUUCAUCAUGCAGCGUUACAAGGAAAUGUUGAUAUACUUAUGGCCAUCAUUGAAAUGGGGGGAGACCCUAAUGGGAAAGAUAAUAAAGGUAUGACACCACUCCAUAUGGCUUCAUGGGCAGGUAAAGAUGAAGCUGUAAAAUGCCUGCUAGAAAACAAAGCAUUACCAAAUCUUGCUUCCUUUAGUGGAGACACAGCUUUGCAUCUUGCUGCUCAGCAUGGAUACUCAGGAUGUGCCAAGCUUCUUCUUGCCUCAAAUGCAGAUGGCACUUUUCGAAAUAGGCUUCUAGAAACUCCACUUGAUCUGGCUUGUCAAUAUGGUCAUACUCAGGUUGUGAAACAGUUGUUGACAAAUGAAAUGGUUACUUCAGUUUUACUUUCUCCAACAAACUCUUCUAAAUCUCCUCUCCAUCUUUCCGCGAAAUCUGGGCAUGAUGAUAUUGUUUCUCUAUUAUUGCAGCACGGAGUUCAUGUAGACGAUUGCAGUGUUGAGGGAACAGCAUUGCAUAUGGCUGCAUUAUAUGGGAAAACAGAAGUGGCUCGUUUACUUUUAAAAGCAGGUGCAAGUGUUUUUAAAACUAAUGAUAAAGGAUUGAUGCCACUUGAUUUAGUAAAUAAGUUUACAACAUCCAGAGCAGCUCUAGAAAUAAAACAGAUGCUAAGAGAGGCUGCUGGUGAACAUAUUGUAUAUGCAAAAGCUGUUUCAGAUUACAGUAAUCAAUAUGAUGAAACAAGUAUUUCUUUUAAAUGUGGUGAAACUAUUGCAGUUCUCCAACGAAAUCAUGAUGGCCGGUGGAAAGGUUUUGUUGUUGGGUCCAAGGAGGAGGAGAUAGGUUUUUUUCCUGCAAUGGCAGUUCAUGUGAUCUCUGAAAGAGCUAUUUCUGGAUGUUCAUUAUCUCCAUCUACUCCAAGUAAAAGCUCAAGAAAUUCUAAAACAGCCCCAAGCUCCCCAGUUACACCUACAAAAAAACAUGUAGGAGUUGUAAAUAUUGGAAACUUUGAUGUACUCACUUUGGCUAAAGCAAAUACAGAAUGCAGUACUCCUGUAAUUAAGCAAACAGCUGGUGGUAAUGUACUCACUCAUUUAAAUAGUUUUAAAAGCAACAGGUCGAUUGAGAAGCAAACAUCAAGUGAUGAAACAAAUCAGCCUCCAUUAUCACCAAAGUUAUAUAAAGCAAAUCUAUCACCUGAAAAACCCUUAUCACCUUCACUUAGACAAAGUAAAUCAAUGAAUGGUCACACUUCACGUAUGAACUCAGAUGAAAUCAAAAGAUUCAGAGCAAGAGUGUAUAGCAGUGGAUCACCUCGACCAGAUAAUUUAAAGAGGCUAAAUCAUGUUUCCAAUCCAAAAAGUCUCUAUUCGUCUAUUGAGAUCCCACCUGGGACAUCUCCAUUAGUACAUAUUCCUGCAUCAGAUACAGUAUACACAGAUGUUUGCCAUAUUGUUUGUAAUGAUAGUCCUAAAGAAGUUACUAAAAAUAACAUGUCUCCUUCAUUGAACAAUAUCAGCAAGGAAAAUAAUUCAGAAUCCCCUGUGAUCAAAUCAAACCAAAUAAAGUAUUUUAAAAGCAAAGAUCACAAUCUUGUAUGUAAUUAUGAAGAUAUGUCUGGUUGCUUUUCACCACCAGCACAAGAUUUUCACCUAAGACCAUCACAGAUAGUGCCAACAAGCGAUUAUGGCUCCAUGUGUACUACUUCGUCAAGCUCUUUAGAAAUAAAUGACCACCAAGCAAACCAUGAUGAACUGACAGACAGAAUUCAAUAUCCUUCAAAUAAGUUUUAUGAAAAAAUUCAUAGCUUUGCAAAUGGUCAUGAAAAGUCAUACAAUGAUUGUUAUGAUGGUGGUAGAACUUCAACUACUAAUAGUUCCUUUUCGCCAUCUCCUCCACUAAACUAUCGAGUCAAUUCAAAUUAUGAAAACCAGGAUGAUACAUACUACUCAAACCAAAAUAAUGAUAAAGAACCUGAACCAUCUAAUAAUGCAGAAAAACAAGUACUGGAUUGGUUAAAUGAGCUUAAACUCACUUAUUACUAUGAUCAUUUUAUAACAAAUGGUUUUGACAUGACCAGCAUACACGCCAUUACACCUGAGGAUUUAAACUCUCUAGAAAUUAUGAAAACUGGUCACCGAAAAAAAUUAUUAUCCGAAAUAGCUAGACUUCCUGCCAACAAUUUACUACCAAAUGAAAAACCAGAAAAUGUUCGAGAAUGGUUAUCCAAUCUAAAUCUUCUGCAAUAUGAAUCAAAUUUUGUUGAGGGGGGAUUUGAUGAUAUAGACUUUAUCAAAGAUUUGGACAAAAGUGACUUGGAUAUGAUUGAUAUCAAAACAAUUGGACACCAAAAAAAACUUUUAAUGGCUGUACAACGCUUACAUGAUCUGGAGCUUACAGAUAUUUUAGAUAGAGCAGUUGAAGCAAAUCCGAUAAGAAAUAGUAGUUUUCGGUCUGAUACAUCUAAAACUAGUGGUUAUAUUAACAAUCUGAAUAAUAACAAAAUGUCUCCAUCUAUUGAUGAUUUGCCUCCUCCACCUCCACCAUCUAGUAUACAAGAAAAUAAUAUUCAGCGUAUUCCACAUACUUCAAAAAAACCUGUGCCUGCUCCUAUUCCAAAACCUAAGCCGUCAGUCAAACCUAUAAAUGAAACUAUAAAUAAUUCUGUUGAUGCUAUUGUUAAUUUGAGAAAAGGAUCAGUAAACUCACUUCCAGGAGAGUUGCAAGGUGAUCAGAGUGAAGAAGUUACAUCAUCAAAAUCUAGAGAUCUCUUCAAACAAAUGGAACGGCGUACAAGUUCGGCUGAGCAAAUGACAAGUCCACCAAGUACUAUGGUAAGAACAAGCUCAAUAGCAAACUCCAAUAUUCGUAAAAAUUCUGACAUAACCUCUGCACCACCUAUAGUUCCACCAAAGCAAUCUGUUAAAAAGGUUCCUCCACCUGCUCCUCCUAAAAGAUCAAGCAGUGUUAGUUCAAAUGAACUACCAGCUAGUCAACCAUUCGAGCCUGUUCUAGAGCGAGUGGUGUCUCCACCACCAGUUUCCGAAACGUCUCCUAAAAUGCCAUCUUUUACCCCUCCACCUCCACCGAGAAAAAUAAUUUCGGCGCAAACAUCUUCAUUACCAGCCCCUUGUCUGGAUUUACCAUUGCCACCUCCUGAGUUGAUCUCUCCACCUAACGAUGAAAUUGAAGAACCACCUACUCUAAAAAAAAAGGGAGACAGAGGGUUUGAGGAAACUGAUGAUAUUCUUGCUGAUAUAAUGGCUGACAUUGAUGAUUUUAGCGCUCAGUUAGAUUCUAUGUUUUAAAUUGUAUAUAAAAGAACACUCAGAUUUUAUAAAAUGAUGCCGCUCACAAAAUCGAUUCUAAAAUGAUGCGAUCAAUGAAUCCGACACGUGAUAUUUUUAUUUUAAACAAUCACUUAUCAAAACACUAACUAUUCGCUUAGUUAGUAGAAGAGGUUUGUAAAGAGAAGAAAAUUUUUCCAUUCAAUUAAGACAAUCACUAAAAUGGUUUUAGAGUCUAAAAUCAUUUUCUAAAAUUUAGACAAUUGUUGAUAAGCUUACAGACUGUUUGAUUGCGUUGUCUGAAAGACAAUCAUUUUUUAUUUUUAUUUUUUGCGAACAUUUUUUAAUUUGUAGUUUAUUAUUAAUUUUUGUCAAUAAUGCUAGGCAUUUAUUAGAUUAUAUAUAUAUAUAGGCAUUGUUUGGCGCACGUUUUCAAAUACUUUUACAGCGCGCACUUUUUCGACUAAAGUUGCAUGAUGUUUGAUGUAAACAUUGAUGUUUUUUGGCGUGAGUUUGUAAAACCGAUUGUAAUUAUAUGUAAAUAGAAUACUUUGUUACUA